AGCUGUACAAAGCUCUGAGUCUAAGAUUAGUUCCAGUAAUUGUGAGAUUUGUAAAAGGAUUAGAUGUUUCAUAUAAAUUUCAUUGCAUAUAUUGAGUGUUCAUAGUUUAGUGGAAAACUGUCCCCUGUGAAAAUCAUCUUUUUCGGCUUCAGGAAAGGAAUAAUCCAAGACCGGAUAGAAAAUGGCGGCUCGACUUUUGAAAGACCCGGCUACGGCGAGUAGCCGAAUCUUCGUCGGACAUUUGCAGACAGAUGACAUGAACAGAGUUGAGUUAGAAGAACAUUUUUCAAAGUAUGGGACAAUUGUAGGGUCUUUGAUAAAUCGGGGAUUUGCUUUCGUACAGUUUGAAGAUGAGCCAGCAGCGCGAGCAGCCAUACAGAGUGAGAAUGGUGCUUUAUUUAAAGGAAGACGAAUGGAUGUAAGACCAGCAAAGGCAGAUAAUCCAGGUAUGGGAGGAGGAAUGGGCGGUGGUAUGGGAGGAGGAAUGGGUGGAGGUAUGGGAGGAGGCAUGGGUGGUGGUAUGGGAGGUGGCAUGGGCGAGGGAUUGGGUCGACUAGGAGGACCACCAAAGCCAUUUGGUUUCGGAAACGAUUCAUUCAAGGGUGGAAAUUCAAGCUUUCGAGGAAACAAUCAAAGUUUUGGUAGUGGAAAUUCCAAUUCAGGGAACGAUAAUUCAUUCCAAAAUACUGGUCCAAUGCGAGGUAGUAACGAAGCGUUGAAUCGUGGUGAUCAAUUCGGCGAUGGGAACAUGAGCAGGGACAGUAACGAUCAGUUUGAACCGUUUAAUAACGAUGUUCCGAAUAGACCAGGAAACCAAUUUAGUCCAGGGAUUCAAAAUAGAGGUGGGAACGAUUCAUUUGGUGGUGGACCGGGUAAUCCAAACAGAGGAGGGAAUCAGUUUGGUGGAGGUGGACCAAAUCGGCCUGGUGGUAUGUUAAAUCAGGGAGCUGGCGGUGGUCAGGGUGGUGGUGGUGGUGGGGGUGGUGGUGGAGGAGGCGGUGGUAGUGCGGGUAGACAGCGUGGAAGCAGAGGCGGAAAAAAGAGAAAGAAUGAUGGUCCGGGUGGUCCUGGUUUUAGAGAUCGUAGUCCUCUGAGUCGUGGGAAUCGUUUAGACGAUAUGGGUGGUCGGGAUUGGGAUAUGGGUAAGCCAGGUAUGGGAGGAAGAGGUCCUGGAUUUGGUCGAGACUCCUUCAAUGAUAGUGGAAAUCGUUAUGACGACUUUAAGGCUCCUUUCGGGCCACCUUCUGCACCUGCGGAUUAUCCACCUCCUCCUGCACAAGCUGAAAAGAAUGACUGUGAAAUCAUUGUUGUCAGUAAAGCUCUCACAGAAUAUGCGGAAAUUAUUGAGUCACGUCUAAAGAAAUUGGGAUUGACGGUUGAUUUACUGUUUCCAAAUGAGGAAGUGCCCCUCAGUCGAGUGCUUGGAAAUAUAGCGAGCAGGGGUUGCUUAUAUGCUGUGGUCGUCACGCCGAUUAAUCAGGAACAUCGUUCUCUCACUUUGAACAUCUUGCAUGGCUUGCCGCAGGAGCACAGAAAUAUGCCAGUGGAAGAUGCAAUAAAUUUGAUCGCACGUGACUUUGGAAAUUACAAGGCUGGAGGUCGCUCUGUUCCAUUGAACGCUCCUAUCACAACUGAGCGUCACCCUGACGCCAUUCAAGUUCUUCUGAAUAUGUUGGCCGAUAAUCUACAAAUAACGGUUCUCCAGUACGACAGGGUACUAAAAUACUUGGAAGUAAGAAGAGAAGAGCAAGUCCAGGUUGAAUUAGGAGAUGCGAAAGAUUUGGCAUUGGCGGUUAGCGAUCCUAAGCAGGCAGAACUACAGUCAAGAAUUUUGAACAUCCUUAACAGCAACAAGCCCAAUUCGUCUGGACCUGCACCUAUUCCAGUACCAGCGCCUGCACCAGGUCCUCCAGCUCCUUGGGCAUCAGGAUAAACGGAGGACUCAAAAUAUAUAGAAGGGUUCUAAUUUCAGACACUAUUUUUAAGUGAACCCAUGAGCUUCAAUCAUCCGACAGUCUUGCAGAAAGCCUGUUUCAUCCAUCUUUAUCAUUCUAAAACAUUCGCUCAUCACGUGUAAAUAUAUACUUACGUUUUUGAUAAAAUGAAAGUGUGGUUGUCAAAAUAAUUGAAAAUUCGGUUUACAUCAUUCCAAGUUCGGAUUGAAUCAGAUUGGAAUUUCAGGAUGAGUCGGAUUAAUUUUUAACCGAUUUCAGAUACAAAUUUCGGAAUGAAUUCCUAUCCGAAACUUUUGUCAGAGUAGGUCACAAAAAUUUUUUGAAUGUUUUAUAUCAUUUAUAGUAAUUUAUUGAGAAUAUUCAUUUACGAUGUGCAAAAACUUAACUAUUAAUUUAACUAUUUCAGUUCAAAAACUGUCGAUAAUUAAAAAAGAUCGAAUAUUGAUUUCUAAAUAAAACCAUUUUAACUAUGGAUAGUACAGUUAAUUGUUUAACAUUUUAAUAAGAUUCAUAUCGUCUAAUUUUUCCAGUUUGUCUAAAAUAUUAUGCCAAAUAUUGUGGUUAAAGUUUUAAGAAAAAGUUCGUUUGUAUAUUCCCAUAAAUUCAAAAGACCUACUCUUUCCUAGUUUACCCUACUCUUGUAGGGAUUCCAUGAUUGUCAUUUUUGAAAUUUUAAUAGAAAAAGUACUCUCUAUCCGCAGAUCAAAGGUCUUCUUAUACCAUUUCCGCUUUAUGUAUGAUAAUAUUAGUAAUACUCUAUGUUCAUUAAGUUAGAAAGUAUUUUGUACAAGUUGUGAAAUGUUUAAGUAUUAUUUAAGGUUUUCAAAUGUUUUUUAUAUUUUAAAUACUUAUAAACAUUUUUUCUCCAAUAAUAAACAGUUACGUUUUAAGAACUUGUAAUGCAAA